ACCUUUGGUCUUUAAACCUGUUACGGCAGCAUCUUUCGGCCCAGAACUUUGCUCAUGUACGUAGGUCUUGUUUCGGACCUUUGUUUGAUAUAUUAAAUUUAGAGUUUCAGGGGCAACUUUAUAAUGUCAUGUGCCGUCGAUUGCAAAGUGCGUCAGAAGAAAGAUUCGUAUUGCAAUAUCGAAUUGGUAAUUAUGUCGUUGAUUUUGGACCCGCUGAUUUUGCCAUAAUGACCGGCUUGCGGUUCAAUGGCAUCACUACUCUCCCUGAAACUUCUAGUUUCCACGAAACUGUUUUUAGUGGGCAACGUUAUUUGCGGGUGAUUAGCAUCGAAAAUAAGUUCCUCAAAGAAUGCAAACAAACAUCUGGUACCUCAGAAACAAGCUUGAAGUUAGGAUACUUGUAUAUUGUUUAUGGGCUGUUGGUAUUGAAGGAUAGGACACAGAAGAACAUAGAUCUAGGAUUUAUCCAUCUAAUGGAUGACCUUGACAGGUUUCUUCGGUAUCCAUGGGGCAGAAUAGCAUAUGAUUUCUUGGUCCCUCGUACCCAUAAUGCUAGAAAACUUAUACAUAAAAUGGAAACAAAGCAAAAUAAAUUGAGUGUUGAAGCGUAUGGUUUUGUGCAUGUGUUGCAAGCUUGGAUGUAUGAGAUUAUGCCCUCGUUGGCUGGUUUUUGCGGCAAGCAAGUAAUCGAGCACGAGAACCGAAUUCCUAGAAUGCAGCGUUGGUCAGCAGAUUCUGGUAUUUUGUUCGAGCACCUCUGGCCUUACUUUUUACCUAGAGCAGGAAAUGAUCCGGUCCCAAUCAUCGUAUCAGCCCAGGAAUAUGAGAUGAUGGAUGAGCUCGGUAUUCCUUCAACGAUGCAUCCUGCGUCCCCUACUCUAGUUUUUAAUUCCAAAUCUCUUGUUAGAAAAAGACGGCUAACAUACGAGGACGUCGAAACUUCUGAAAAAACUGAAGCAUUGAAGGGAAGUCCAUUGAAGUCUUCUAGCCGUGGUAAAAAGAAGCUGUUAAGUGGAGAUCCUCCCCCUAGUACUCGAUUGGUUGGAAAAACGGAGCAAAUAGAAACAAAGAAGGGCCAUGAUGUGGAUAAUUACGCAGAAAAUGCAGCACCUACACCUGCAUUAUCUAAAAAUACCGUGAAGAAUAAUAGCAAUCUCUUUGUCAUAUUGCUGAUGGAGUUAAUGGAGAAAGUUGACAAGUUAGACCAGAAAGUGGAGAAGAUGGAUGGCAAAGUUGAGCAUCGAGACACGACUCUACACGAGGUUGUGGUAGCGAGUAUUCGAUCUUACUUUGAUAACCAGGCCACUAGUCAUCAUCCCAAAGAAUGCAAAGGAGAGAAAAAAAUUUCAAUGGAGAAAAUGGGAGAACACAAAAGUAGUGGAAACGUUUGUGCAGUUCUAGGUGAAUCAUCUACAUUUCAGAAUCUUGAUGAUUUGGGUAAUAAAGGUGAUCAACUCAAAGUAUCAAACACUGGAUGGUUCAGUAACGAAUGGUUGCUUGAAGAUCCUUUUGCGGUGCAUGAUUGUAAUUAUCAUGAACCACCAAAGCCGGUUCCUUUAACAGAUAAUCCAGUGAAGAAGUCAUUGAGUGUUGGUGAUUCGAGGACCAAAUCUGAAGGUUUUAAAGGAAAAUCCUUCCUUCCACGCACUAAAGAAGGUCUUGGACACACCAUGAAGACUGAGGUGAUUAGUAGCUUGAAAAUUCCUGGCGAAACAGAAAACUUGCUGCCUUCCCUAAAUUUGGAUUGCACAACGUCGUACAGCAAUGGCAUGCCUCAGAAAACCUCCAUGGAUGCGUUGAAGUUCGACCCUUCGGACUUCGACUUCAACUAUGCCGAGCUCAAUCCAUUCCUUCGAUGGCAAAAAGCAGCUUCCAGUGGUCAUCGCCGAUAUGAUCGGAGGCUUCCGAUUAAAAUGUUGCGUGUCGCCGAUAAUGAGUGGUUUAAUGUUAUCUUAGAACGCAAUGGAUGGCUAGAGAGCGAGCAUAUUAAUGCACUUAUAUAUUUGCUGCUUGUUGAUUUCAACAAAGACGUAUCAAAUCCAAUAGUGAGAGAUUGGUCGUGUAUGGAGAUGGUUUGUUGGUUGGGCUUGCGUAGUGAUAACCUUGAGGAAAUGGUGGGGACAGUGAUGCCGUAUGUCCGUGGCAGUCUUCCUUUCAUAGGUGGGCUGGAAUGGACGAAUGCUAGACGUGUAUUUGGUGUGGCACACAUAAACAACAAUCAUUGGUGUUUCUAUCAGAUAUGCAUCCCCGAGCAGCGCAUUGUUGUUUACGACUCUCUGAACUAUGACUGGGAUACUGUAGCAGGGCAUUUUGACAAGGUCCGGACGAACUUACCUAUACUAUGCCGUAUGGGAAGAAUAUGGGAGAGGUGCAACUAUUCAAACGCCCUUAUGGAGAGCUGGGACGUCGUGAAGUUUGAGAAUCCACCACAACAAACUAAUCAUAGCGACUGUGGAAUCAUGGCAAUCAAAUUUAUGGAAUGUUGUGCUUAUGGUGUUCCCGUGGAUGGCAUAAAACCUGAACGUGGACCCAUUUUUCGACGCCGUUACGUGGUAAGGCUUUUUAAUUCUUCAUAUGAAGCUUGACUCCUACACAUGUUUGAGGGGCGGCAGACAUUUGAAGUGAAGGAAUAGGUAUCAAAGUGGGUUUUGUGGUUCUUGGAAGCAAAGUAGGCUGUUAUUUUUUGGGUACAUGCUUGUUCAUAACUCUCCUUUUGGUUUUGGACUAAUUCUUGUUAUUAGCGAAAACCUAAGUUAUGAGCUGAGCUCGUUCAUUGGGAUGUAAAUAUUGCAGCAAAAAUCAUUAGUAUUGCUUCCUUUGUUAUGGAAAUAGUAAACAAGUUUUAUAUAGUGCUCUAGUUCCGUGUUAUUUUUGCUUGUC